AUGGCAGAGCGCACCAGCGGCUGGAUCCACCGCCUCUUCGCCGACGGCUACGUCGUCCAGGACCACGUCAGGACGGCCAACCCCUUCCACCGCAUCUUGCAGCUGCGGCCCGGCGAGAAGCUGGCCCUGGACCAGCCCAACGAAGCCAUCUCCAUCACUUCUUCUACGACCGGCCGCCCGCUCUGCAGCGUCUCCCUCGUCUACGGCCCACGCGUGCGCGCCACCAUGUGGGCGCCCUCCUCCGCCGGGGAAGACAUUGACUACUCGCUCGAGUACGUCUACAUGCCCGCCAGCAAGCACUGCAGCCUGUUCUCCGACUCGGAGGCGCACGACGCCACCGUGAAAGACUUCUACCGCCGCCUCUGGCUGCCGAACACCGAUAUCGCGGGCAAGACGGUGCAUUCGACCUUCACGGGGCCCGAGCGCGUCGUCUCGGAGCAGGCAGUCCGCGACCUGGCCUACUGCGUGCACGCGGCGUUGCCCGACCUCGAGCUCAACAUCCCCUCGUCAGGCGAUGUCCCGCUCGACCUGUGCAUCGUGCUGGCCUGGGAGCCGCUGGUGGCGCCGCUGAUGCUGCCCGAAGUCCAGGGCGACAUCCUGCGCCUGGUGCACCGGUCGAACAAGUUCGAGCACCUGUCUUCGGCCAGGCUCAAGGUUGGAGAUGUUGUGACAGCAUCUUCGACGGUGCAGGCCGUCGCCAUCGAGAAAUCGGGCAGAUCCGUCGUCGUGCGCGCCGUGAUUUCGCGCGAUGGCAUCCCGCUCGUCGCCGUCACGUCCGACUUCCUCUUCAAGGGCGCCUUCACCGACUUCGCCAGCACCUUCAAGCGCACCGCGCACCCGCCCUUCCAGCUGCGCCUGGCCACCGCCAUCGACGAGGCCGUCCUGAAAGCGCAGCCGUGGCUGAAGCUGGACGACCCUGCCGCCACCACCACGCUCGCCAACCGCACCCUCACCUUCGACCUCGCAUCUGAAACCACCUGGAAAGACCGCACCACCCUCGCCACCCUCUCCACCACCGGCGCCGUCUACCUCUCCGACUCGCCCACCACGCGCAUCGGCACCGUCUCCUGCACCGCCCGCGACUGCCUCGGCGACCCCGUCCUCGACUACCUAACCCGCAAAGCCGCCGCCGCCGUCGGCGCCCCGGUUCCGCUCACUGAACCCGGCUGGAUCGACGACGACAACGGCACCAAAGAGUUCCAGGUGCCGCCGUCCAACGCCCGCUACGCCCGCCUCUCCGCCGACACCAACCCCAUCCACGUCGCGCCCGUCUUCGCCGCGUACGCCGGCUUGCCCGGCACCAUCACGCACGGCAUACGCUGCGGCGAGGUUCCACAGCUGGGAGGCAAGGUUCGUGGGCAUGGUGUUGCCGGGUGA